AUGAGGAGCGUCUUCAAGCGCUACAAGCUGCUGAAACUUGGAAUGGGAGAAGAGAAAAUGCCCGAAGAAGGAGAUGCUCGGGAUUGGUGGAUUGAGCGGAGUGCGGUGUUGUUCGACCUCAUCUUGCAAUCGGUCAACAACGACAUGUUCCAGCACAUCAAGGACUUGGUUGAGUUGGACGACUCCGGUCCAAAGGCAUGGAAGCUACUGCGUGGCGUGAUUCAGCCCAACACGCUGCCCAUGGUGAUCGUGCUCGAGAAGGAGCUGGCGGCCAUCUCCAUGCGAUCGGGAGAUGAUGUGAAGCCGGUCCUUGACAAGAUCAAGGACACCUAUGCGAGGAUGGCAGCGGCGGGCAGCAAGGUGUCGGAGAUGCAGCAGUGCACCAAGAUCAUCUCGGUGCUCGACAACUCGUGGGAGAACCUCAUCCCCACCCUCAAUGUUCAGCAGGACAAGUGGACGCCUGAGUGGAUACGUGCCAGAUCCUGCAGGAGGACUUCCGCAGGCGCCACACAGGAGGUGGUGCUGCCAACAAAACUGCUGAGGGGUAUGGAGCUGCAGGAGGAAGCAGAGGAAGAGGGGGUGGGAGAGGCCGAGGCCGUGGGAGAGGCCGAGGCCGUGGGAGAGGCUUUGGCAGAGGGAGAGGCCGAGGUGACUACAAUACGGGGCAUGGGAGCUCUGGUGGCAGGGGGAGCACUCGAAUGGAGGGUGCAUGUUGGUACUGCAAGAAGGCUGGACACCCAUGGUUCAAGUGUUUCAGCCGGCCUGAGGGAUGGGCAUGUGAAAGGGAGUGAGGGUGAUGUGGGUUCGGUUGGGAAGGUUGUGAUGCACCCCCUCACUCACUGGGUGAUAGAUUCAGGUUGCACAAGUCACAUGACCCCACGGGCAGAUUUGCUUGACGAGGUAAAGCCCCCUGGGAAGAUCAAAUUUGUGGCUGCCGCUUCAGGUGCUUUACUCCCUAUGAUGGGUGUUGGGAAUGCAAAGGUGAUGGGAGCCAAUGGGGAGCUUGUGGGGCUGGGAAAUGUGCUGCUAGUUGAAGGUUUGUCCGCUAACCUCCUCUCUGUGCGCCGGCUGCAGAAAAGCAAGGCCAAAGUUACGUUCGGCCCAACCAGCUGCCGUGCAAAGCUUGGGAAGUUGCUGCUGUGGGAUUUGGAGGAGAAGAGCAGCUGCAUCAAGGACCUGUGGCAGCUGCCCAUCAUCCCUUGGAAUGGGAAACCUCCAGCAACGGCAGCGGCAGCAGCAACUGCGGGAGGAGAGGAGACUGCACCAACUGAUGGGGCCCUGGAUGCAGUCAAGAAGGUGCAGCAGCCACAACGUCUACAUGGUGAGGUGCUUGCUAGUGUGGAUGCAACAGCUGCAUGGGCAAAGGCUUCAUCUGGGAGUGGUGAGGCCGAUUGGGAGACGUGGCACGAGAGGUUGUGUCACAUCAACAUCCCUAUGCUGCAGAAGUUGGUGAAGGAUGGGAGCUUGAAGGGAUUGGAGGUGAAGGGGGCAGCAAAGGAGAUUGGGAGCUGCCCUACAUGCCUCAAAACGAAGUUCACCAAGGCCCUUUCUCUCUCGGGCAGCCGCUACUUCUUGACCAUUGUGGACGACCACACGCGUGCGGUGUGGGUGUACCCUCUGAAGACUAAGGGGGAGGUGGCAGCGGCUGUUCUUAAGGAGUGGAUGCCGAGAGCUCAAAGGGAGAGCGGACACAAGGUGAAGGUGAUCCGCACCGACAACGGGGGAGAGUUCAUUGGCACUGAUUUUGAGGCGGUUCUGAAGAAGAAGGGCAUUCAACAUCAGCUCACAGUGCCCUACAACCCGCAGCAGAACGGCGUGGCUGAGCGGUUCAACCGGACCCUGCAGGAAGGUGCUCGCACUCUCCUUGGGCGCGCAGGGCUGCCGGAUCCGUUUUGGGUGACUGCACUGAGGCAGGUCGCACUUUUGAAGAACAAAGUGCUGGCGACUGUGGGGGACAAGCAGUGGGUCCCCUACACCAAGUGGUAUGGGAGUGCACCAGCAGUCAACAUGCUGAGAGCCUACGGCUGCAUGGUGGUGUUUCAUAUGCGAAGGAGAAGAGGGGAAAGCUGGAAGCUUCUGGGAGAUGGGGUGUGCACUUGGGCCUAG